AUGUUGGUUCCUCCAUGGCUCAAACCACUUCUCAAGACAACAUUCUUCAAUGUCUGUCGGAUUCACAGCGACGCCGCGAGAAGCGAAUGUAACAUGUUUUGUUUGGAUUGUAAUAUUGAUGCUUUUUGCUUCUAUUGUCGUUCUUCAAGACACAAAGAUCAUCAAGUCAUUCAGAUAAGGAGAUCUUCAUAUCAUGAUGUAGUGAGGGUGGGUGAAAUUCAGAAAAUGUUGGAUAUUAGUGGAGUUCAAACGUAUGUGAUUAAUAGUGCUAGAGUUUUGUUUCUGAAUGAAAGGCCACAACCAAAAUCUGGAAAAACAGGGGCUUAUAUUUGUGAGAUUUGUGGAAGAAGCCUCUUAGAUCAUGUUCGUUUCUGUUCUUUGGGAUGUAAGCUUGUAGGAAUAAAGAGAAAUGGGAAUGCAAGCUUUGUUUUAGAUGCUAAUAACAAUGAAAUAUCAACAAUGGAAGAAGGAAUGUCAAGAAGAUCCAUUUCUUCAAGACAAGAAGAAGAAGAAUUGCGUGAAGGCUCACAACAAAGCAUGUAUCUAGCCACACCUCCUUCAAAUGCAAGAAGAAGAAAAGGAAUUCCUCAUAGAGCUCCUUUUGGUUCCUAA